AUGAACCAGACCAAAACGUACCUGGUUUCGGCGGUCACCUUCCUUUCCGAGUUCAGCAUUACAGACCAACCUGUUUUUGGACUUGUUGUCAAUGGCGCACUUGGCGCAAUCACAAUGGCAUGGAAGACAAAUAAUGUAUUGGUGCAGCAAAUUUAUAUCAUGGAGCACAAUGUCCGACACUACGACAUCAGAGACCCACUCCAGGCACUGCAGUUUGUAUCUAUUCUACCUCGCCUCGCACGUCACGGCCUGGGACUUCGCCAUAUAUUGGAGAAGCAGCUCACGGAAAUAGAUAUGACUCGAUUUCAAUCCAAGCUGUGGUCCAAGUUGCCCCAACGGCUGGAAGACAAGAGAUUGGCGGCAGCUAAGCGGACAGAAUCACAAUCAGAGCAAGCGGCCGCACAAGAUGGCAGAUGA